UCGUCGUUGCCUCCCUCCCGCCCUCUGAAAAAAGCACGUGCUAGACCCCAGUUUAGGCUCAGCCCUUAGGGUGGUGAGGAGAUCCUGCAGUCUGUAACCUUUGCGCUCCAGAAAACUAAGCAAAGAUGUCUGAAUACAUUCGGGUAACAGAAGACGAGAACGAUGAGCCCAUUGAAAUACCCUCAGAAGACGACGGAACAGUAUUGCUGUCCACAGUUACUGCCCAGUUUCCAGGGGCAUGUGGCCUUCGAUACCGGAAUCCAGUGUCUCAGUGUAUGAGGGGUGUCCGGCUGGUGGAAGGAAUUCUGCAUGCCCCAGAUGCUGGCUGGGGCAAUCUGGUAUAUGUGGUCAACUAUCCCAAAGAUAACAAAAGGAAAAUGGAUGAGACAGAUGCUUCCUCGGCCGUGAAAGUGAAAAGAGCAGUUCAGAAAACAUCUGAUCUAAUAGUGUUGGGUCUCCCUUGGAAAACAACAGAACAAGAUCUUAAAGACUAUUUCAGUACUUUUGGAGAGGUUCUUAUGGUUCAGGUCAAGAAAGAUCUUAAAACUGGUCAUUCAAAGGGGUUUGGCUUUGUUCGAUUUACGGAAUAUGAAACCCAAGUGAAAGUGAUGUCACAGCGACAUAUGAUAGAUGGGCGAUGGUGUGACUGUAAACUCCCCAAUUCUAAGCAAAGCCCAGAUGAGCCUUUGAGAAGCAGAAAGGUGUUUGUUGGGCGUUGUACAGAAGACAUGACUGCUGAAGAGCUUCAGCAGUUCUUCUGCCAGUAUGGAGAAGUGGUAGAUGUCUUCAUUCCCAAACCAUUCAGGGCUUUUGCCUUUGUUACCUUUGCAGAUGAUAAGGUUGCCCAGUCCCUUUGUGGAGAGGAUUUGAUCAUUAAAGGAAUCAGCGUGCAUAUAUCCAAUGCUGAACCUAAGCAUAAUAGCAAUAGACAGUUAGAAAGAAGUGGAAGAUUUGGUGGUAAUCCAGGUGGCUUUGGGAAUCAGGGAAAGUCUCCAUUUGGGAGAUCAUGAUGUCAUGGUGUUUGGUUCUUUUGGUUUUGUUUUUAACACUUGUCUUCCUUCAUAUACGAAAGUACAAUAUGAAGCCUUCAUUUAAUCUCUGCAGUUCAUCUCAUUUCAAAUGUUUAUGGAAGAAGCACUUCAUUGAAAGUAGUGCUGUAAAUAUUCUGCCAUAGGAAUACUUCUGUCUACAUGCUUUCUCAUCCAAGAACUCGUCAUCACGCUGCACAGGCUGCGUCUUUGACGGUGGGUGUUCCAUUUUUAUCCGCUACUCUUUAUUUCAUGGAGUCGUAUCAACGCUAUGAACGCAAGGCUGUGAUAUGGAACCAGAAGGCUGUUUGAACUUUUGAAACCUUGUGUGGGAUUGAUGGUGGUGCCGAGGCAUGAAAGGCUAGUAUGAGCGAGGACAGGAGAGAGCGCGUGCAGAGACUUGGUGGUGCAAAAUGGAUAUUUUUUAACUUGGAGAGAUGUGUCACCCAAUCCUGUGGCUUUGGUGAGAGAGUGUGCAGAGAGCAAUGAUAGCCAAUAAUGUACGAAUGUUUUUGCAUCAAAGGACAUCCACAUCUGUUGGAAGACUUUGAGUUUUGUUCUUAGAAAACCCACUUUAGUUGAAUGUUAAGUGAAAUACUUGUACUUCCCUCCCCUCUGUCAACUGCUGUGAAUGCUGUAUGGUGUGUGUUCUCCUCUGUUACUGAUCUGGAAGUGUGGGCACGUGAACUGAAGCUGAUGGGCUGCGAACAUGGACUGAGCUUGUGGUGUGCUUUGCAGAAGAACUUGGAAGCAGAGUUCACCAGUGAGCUCAGGUGUCUCAAAGAGGGUGGAUGUUCUCAUGUCUGUUAGCAAACAUAAGAAUGCUGUUUGCUGCAGUUCUGUGUCCUGUGCUUGGAUGCUUUUUAUAAGAGUUGUCAUUGUUGGAAAUUCUUAAAUAAAACUGAUUUAAAUAAUA